AUGGCGGAUACUAUCAACCCCUUGGAUACUCUUCCAGCCUCCCCUGAUCGGGAUCUAUACUCCGUCUCCCCCGCAGAGACAUCACUGGACUCACCCGAGCCAGAAGAUGACAUCAAGGAGGAAGAUGAUGAGAGAAAGCCCACUAAGAAGAGAAAGUCGUGGGGACAAGAACUCCCUACACCCAAAACAAACCUCCCCCCUCGGUAUGUGCACAGCGUGGAAACUAUGUCGAAUCGGAGCCUGGUCGCUAAUACAGAGAACAGCAAACGCGCCAAAACAGAUGAUGAGAAGGAACAGCGGAGGAUAGAACGGGUUCUCCGGAAUCGCGCGGCGGCUCAAACAUCACGAGAGCGCAAGCGCCUGGAGAUGGAGAAGUUGGAGACCGAGAAGAUUCGCAUGGAGCAACAGAACCAGUUCCUCAUCCAGCGUCUCUCCCAAAUGGAGACGGAGAACAACCGUCUGAGCCAACAAGUGGCCCAGCUCUCCGCCGAGGUCCGUGGGUCUCGCAGUGCGACUCCCAAAGCCAGCUCCCCCGCCAUCGAAUCCCCAACUCUCACCCCCACUCUCUUCAAACAAGAAGGCGAUGAACUCCCCAUGGAGCGGAUUCCCUUCCCCACUCCUUCCGUUACCGACUACUCCCCCACCUUGAAGCCCUCCACUCUGGCUGAGGCCUCCGACGUGACACAACAUCCUGCCGCGGUGUUGUGCGACCUGCAGUCUCCUCUUUCUGACGAUGACUUCCGUCGCCUGUUCCACGGUGAUUCACCCGCUGAGCCAAAUCCUUCUUUCCCUGAAGACGGGUUUGCCUUUGACGUUCUCGACGGAGGAGAUCUAUCGGCAUUUCCCUUUGAUUCUAUGGUUGAUUUCGACCCCGAGUCUGUCGUCCUCGAAGGCGUCACCGGUCUUUCGGAUGAGACUUCUCACCAGACUGUUAGCUUGCAGCCCAGCCAUGGCGCGUCCACUUCGCGAUGCGACGGGCAGAGCAUUGCAGCAAGCGGUUAG